AUGCCGCCAUACUAUGCCCAACCAAAGGCAGCGCCAACCACGAAGACUACUAAUCAGAUGUCAGACUUCAUCUCGGCGAGACCGUCUGAUACCAGUACAUCCAUGGCUAGGUUCAGCAAGAAGCCGGGAGGAGAGGUUGCAGAUGAAGAGGUGACGAGGAAGAGGGUUCAAUGUACCUAUUCGGACUGCAUCGCGGAGUUUGACGACCAAGCAGCCAUGAACAAGCACAAAAAGCACGACCCAGAUCAUGAUUACUGCAAGAAAUGCGAUAUCGACUUCGACGACUUCGAGGCCUUCACGCAGCACAAAGUCAGCAUGAUGGAUGCCUUCCAGCGCAUCAAGUACCGCGAGAAGGAUGAGCGUCCCGCUCACAUCACUUGCGAAUUCUGCGGUGAAGACUUCGAGAGCUUCGGGGGCAGACGUCUGCACAGGCAGCAAAUGCACCCAGCUGACCAGGAUAUCAAGUGCCCAGGUUGUUGUGCCCUGUUCACCAAAGCAGGGAACAUGGUCGCUCAUCUCGAAGGCGGCGACUGUCCUGAAAUUACGGCGUUUGAGUUCCGAGGUCAGGUCUUGCAGAAGCACGUUCGUAAGGAGCUUAUGAGGAACAUCAACACGGUCAACGAAAGACUCGCAGCUACCGAGAAGUCGAUUGCGCCGCUGGAUGAGUUUUCGUUUCAAGCGACAGAUGGUGCAGAAAGUGUUGAUGCGGAUGAUGAGGAGGGUGGAAUUGGGUUGCUUGAACAAGAGCACAUCGAGCAGAAGGAUCUGAUCGAUCCUUUGAAGCCUGAUAUCGACCUCAUCGACACCAAAAGAACGGCUUCUGAGGCCCGUCACGCAGUCGAAUCUUGGCCUCGUCUACCCGGGCUGCACAUCUUGCCGAAACUGACCACAUCAAUGGCAAGCAUGUCGAUCGCGGGAUCCGAUGUUGGUUCUGGGACAUCCUUCGGGGGUCGCCGUAGUGGGCACAAGCCGCGACCGAUCCAGUACACGGAGUCAUACCCGUCCAUGGACUCGCCUUCUGGAGGCGUUUCGAUUAGUGGCGACAGUAGUGUAGCAUCCCCAUUGACUACCAACACAGAUCGACGGGUUGCAUGGACUACAGGCAACACAUCCAAGGCCUUGUUCAAGCCGAGCCAACAUUGCCCAGUAUCAAAGCAAGACCAGCAGGCGCUUAUGAAGAAGCCGACAGAGGGUAGUGUGGCCCAACUAUCAGAGUCGAAGAGUAUCAUGAAAACACGCUUCUACGAUAUCUACAGCCCGGACUACAACCCCGACCUGUUCCUCAACCCUCUGACCGAAAAGUACAUCUGCCUCUUCCCACAAUGCGAAGAUGGAGAAGGCGAGUUCGACACACUAUCCGACCUCCAAGGUCAUAUCCAAUUCGCGCAUCUCCGCCUCCUCUUCGUAUGUCCAACAUGCUUGAAGCGUUUCCAGAGCGCUACGGCAAUGGUCUCGCACAUGGAGGCUACGACACGUUGCAGGGUGAAGGAACAUGACAAGUUCAUGGACAUUCUCGACGAUAUCACCGGCGGCUUCUUGGAGGCUAAACAGGUCAAGGUGCCGUUCGUGGUGCAACAGGGUGGUGCGUUGGUCAGGCAUGGCCAGCAUCCGCUGGAUGGUGUCAAGACAAUGGACUUCAAGGCGAUUAUACCGAAAGAGUAG